UGUGCGAAUAGGGAGACACUCAAAAUACAACCAUUUUUUGGCGUGUGUGUAGCUAGCGCAAGCCGCUUGGUAAUCUAAAACAGAAGGAAGCGAGUGGUGAAACGUAUCAAAAAACACGCACGCCCGGCAUUAUUGCAUUUUACUUUUGUGAAUAUCGUGAAGCGCGUACAUAGCGAAAAAAAAACAUGUCUGACGAAAAGAAGGGAGGCGAAACUGAGCACAUUAAUCUGAAAGUACUUGGCCAGGAUAACGCGGUGGUCCAAUUUAAAAUUAAGAAACACACACCUUUGCGAAAACUGAUGAAUGCCUACUGCGACCGUGCCGGACUCUCCAUGCAGGUGGUGCGCUUCCGUUUUGACGGCCAGCCCAUCAAUGAGAACGAUACUCCGACCUCGCUAGAGAUGGAGGAGGGCGAUACUAUCGAGGUGUACCAACAGCAGACCGGCGGUGUUUAUUAAAUAUAUACUUGUAUGAAUGUAGUUAAGCUAGUUACUUUUCAUUUUAACGACAACAGCAACAACAAAACCAACAGCAGCAGCAGCAGCAACAACAAAUAAGCGAGCAUUAUUCUACAUAAAUAAA